ACCAUUUUUUUUUUCUGAAUAAUUUCUUUCCUUUUUUUCUUUUCUUCCAUUUUAAUGCUCAUAUACUUCCAGGCUGACUUUAUAUUCGUACUUGCCACUGAGCCAGAGGGAUUACUGAAAAUCAUUGUUGAACAGCCUUACAAUCAAACCAAUAUCAAAGACAGUGACAAGAAAUACCAAUUAAUUCCGAAAAAUGAAGAAAGAUUUCUCAUCUGUCCCUUCCAGAUGUUUUAUCUUAGCAAUUAUCAACACUUCAUUACUACUACAAACAGCAACCGGAGAUCCACGAACCCAAAUGGUCCAAAUAACAUGUGGCCACCAACUUGUGCAGAAUAGGUCUGUCUCUGCUUCAAAUUUUGUUUAUACAAUGGAAAACAUCAGCCAACAAAUGCAAGGGUCAGGUUUUGGAGUAGCAGUCACAGGUUCAGGCCCAGAUACAAACUAUGGCCUUGGCCAGUGCUUUGGGGAUCUCUCUUUACCUGACUGUGAAUUAUGCUAUGCAGAGGCACGCACAGCUCUUCCCCAGUGCUUUCCUCAUACUUCAGGUCGCAUUUACUUCGAUGGUUGCUUCUUGAGGUCCGAGAAUUAUAGCUUCUUUGAGGAGUAUACAGGACCUGGUGACAGUUCUGUAUGUGGGAAUACAACUAGGAAGAACUCAACGUUUGAAGAAUCAGUGAAGAAAGCUUUGAGCAGUGCAGUUGUGGCUGCACCACACCAAAAAAGCCAUGCGAUUACUCAGGAGGCUGUGCCUGGGGCAGUCAACGAGUCAGCUUAUGCACUUGCUGAUUGCUGGAGGACUUUGAAUGCAAGCUCUUGUGAAGUGUGUUUUGAAAAUGCGUCUGCUUCAAUAUUGGAAUGCUUGCCUUGGUCAGAGGGUAGAGUACUGAACACUGGUUGCUUCAUGAGGUACUCAGACAAAGAUUUUCUCAACAAGGAACUUGGAACUCAAAGUUCUAAAGGUAGGACAACAGUGAUUAUUGUUUCAAUUGUAAGUUCGCUGGUUCUUCUGGUAGUUGGAAUAGCAGUUGGACUUUAUAUCUGGAGGCAGAGAAGUAUAGCAAAGAAACGAAGAGGUUCAAAUGAUGCAGAAAAGCUGGUGAAAAUACUUAAUGAUAUUAGCCUGAACUUCAAGUAUUCCACACUUGAGAAGGCCACAGGAGGUUUUGACAUUGCCAAUAAACUUGGUCAAGGAGGAUUUGGAACAGUUUAUAAGGGAACUCUGCCUGAUGGAAGAGAGAUUGCUGUCAAGAGGCUUUUCUCAAACAAGAGACAUAGAGCAGAAGAUUUCUACAAUGAAGUAAACAUUAUAAGCAGUGUGGAACACAAAAAUCUGGUCAGGUUAUUAGGAUGCAGUUGUUCAGGGCCUGAAAGCCUACUUGUCUAUGAAUUCCUUCCUAACACAAGUCUUGACCGAUUCAUCUUUGAUCCAAACAAAGGAAAAGCACUGAACUGGGACAAAAGAUAUGAGAUUAUUGUGGGUACAACAGCAGGUUUAGCCUAUCUUCACGAUAACUCCAUAAUUAAAAUAAUUCAUAGAGAUAUAAAAGCCAGUAACAUUUUGUUGGACUCAAAAUUUCGUGCUAAAAUUGCUGAUUUUGGGUUAGCCCGGUCAUUGCAAGAAAAUCAGAGUCACGUAAGCACUGCCAUUGCAGGAACGCUAGGAUAUAUGCCUCCAGAAUAUCUAGUCCAUGGCCAGUUGACCGAGAAAGUCGAUGUCUACAGCUUUGGAGUGCUUCUGUUAGAGAUUGUUACAGGAAGGCAGAACAACAGGACCAAAACCAUAGAAUACUCAUCAGAUUGCUUAAACAACCUAAUCACAAUAACAUGGAAGCAUUUUCGAUCAGGGACAGUUGAGCAAUUAUAUGACCCAAAUCUAUUGUUGCAUAAUCACCCUAAUGACAAUGUUAAGAAUGAGAUUUUAAGAGUGGUGCAUAUCGGACUUCUGUGCACCCAAAAGAUUCAGUCAUUACGACCAACAAUGUCAAAGGCACUACAGAUGUUAACAAAGAAGGAUGAUCACCUCCCUGCACCUACAAAACCACCUUUUAUAGAUGAAAGUAUGAUGAAACUGACUGACAAGUGUGAGGACCCAUGUAACCCUCUCAAAGCAGGAGAUUCUGCUUCUAUUGCUACCAUCUCCGACGGUUCCUUUUGUCCCAGGUGACCAUAUUGCUACUGACUGUGGCACUUUCUUUCUAGCCCAGGAGACAAUAGUUUAACUGUGUCAGUAAAUAUCACCAUAACAUAAUGUGCAACAAGUAUCAGUUAACAGUAGUAGUUAAUGCAGCUCCUUGUAAUUGCUGCUGUAACUAAUAUCAGUUAGAGAUUGUUUUAUUUGUUAGGAAUCAUUUGCAUAAUAGAUUUAGUUCACGGUUGUUAUAUAAAUACUAGUUGUACAGUCACAAUAAUUUUAUCUUGGAACUAUAUUCAAUCAGUGACAGU